UCCUCUUUCUCAGAUUCCAUGGCAAUCUACAGAGGGGGAGAUUCCAGACGCCUGUAACGUGAACUGUAUAGUCCCGUCAGUAUCCGGAUACGUUUUCUAGGCACCUGUGGAGUUGGCCAUCCUUUCGGAUUAUCGAAGUGUUCUGGGCUCUGUUGUAUUUGUGAUCUGCCUCGUGCUGGUCCUGCAGACAUUUUGCCAGUCAAUGGCUCUGAUGGACAAACACAAAGUCAAACGACAGAGGCUGGACCGCAUCUGUGAAGGCAUUCGUCCCCCAAUCCUGAAUGGACCGAUGCACCCACGCCCGCUAGUAGCCCUGUUAGAUGGGCGGGAUUGUACUGUUGAAAUGCCUGUUUUGAAGGAUGUGGCCACAGUGGCUUUCUGCGAUGCCCAGUCUACCCAAGAAAUUCAUGAAAAGGUACUGAAUGAGGCAGUUGGUGCAUUGCUCUACCAUACAAUCACACUCUCAAGAGACGAUCUUGAAAAAUUCAAGGGUCUUCGGGUUAUUGUAAGAAUUGGGAGUGGUUUUGACAACGUGGACAUCAAAGCAGCGGCUGAGUUGGGUAUUGCAGUGUGCAAUGUUCCGGCCUCUUCAGUAGAAGAGACAGCAGACACAUCCAUGUGUUUAAUCCUGAACUUGUACCGCCGCGUGACAUGGAUGCACCAGGCUUUGCGAGAGGGCACCCGGGCUGCCAGUGUAGAGCAGAUAAGAGAGGUGGCUGGUGGAGCUGCUCGUAUCAGAGGGGAGACUUUAGGCAUCAUUGGUCUGGGCCGGGUGGGUCAAGCAGUGGCUUUGCGGGCAAAGGCCUUUGGGUUUGGGGUAAUCUUUUAUGACCCAUACCUCCCUGAUGGAAUUGAACGAUCCCUGGGUCUUCAACGUAUGGCCACCCUACAGGAUCUUCUCAUCCACUCAGACUGUGUGUCUCUGCACUGCAGCUUGAAUGAGCACAACCACCACCUCAUCAAUGACUUCACUAUUAAACAAAUGCGACAGGGUGCAUUCCUGGUGAACACGGCAAGGGGGGGAUUAGUGGAUGAGAAGGCCUUGGCUCAAGCCCUAAAGGAGGGAAGGAUACGUGGAGCAGCCCUUGAUGUCCACGAGACGGAGCCCUUCAGUUUUUCACAGGGUCCACUGAAGGAUGCACCUAAUCUGAUCUGCACUCCCCAUACAUCCUGGUACAGUGAACAAGCCUCUAUUGAGGCACGAGAAGAAGCAGCCCGAGAGAUGAGGCGUGCCAUCACAGGGCGCAUCCCAGACAGCUUGAAAAAUUGUGUGAACAAGGAGUAUCUGAUGACUGCCUCCCAAUGGACAGGCAUGGAGGCCUCCACUGUGCAUCCAGAAGUAAAUGGAGCUGCAGCUUACAGGUUUCCAGCUGGGCUGAUCAGUGUAGCAACAGGAGGACUGCCAGGUUCAGGCACUGGUGUAGAGAGUCUAGUAGCCUCCUCUCUACCCAUGGCCCAUGGAAUCACCCCUGUUACCCAGCUCCCUCACACCCCGUCACCAGGGCAACCCACUAAAGCGGAGUCUGACCGAGACAACCCAUCUGACCAAUAGCAACUUUUUAACUACAUUCCAUCAGCCAAGGCAAUUAAUAUACCCUUUUGUCACCCAACAAACUUUUCCUCCUCUCCCAACGGCGAGUCUCACUUAUUUUCCCUAUUCAAGGUGCAUAAGGCAACAAAAUCUACUGGAAGUUACUCAAAUUCAUUUCCCCAUUCUUUUUGUUUUGGUUUUUCAUGUUCUCGAUCUUCAUUUUUUUUAAUCCUUUUCUUUCCAAUCCCCCUUUCGAGCAAUAAGUCUUUUUAAAGACUCUGUAAUCUUAUUUACACAUUAGCUUGGUGAGCUUUAAUGAACACUUACCCUUGAAACCUUACUGAAUUAUUGGUAGUUGGAUUUUUUACAGUGUUUCCUAUGCCAUUUCUGAACCUUAUUCUACCCCUGCAUGGUUUUGACCAUUCAUAACCCUUGUGUCCCCUCCAAGACUCCAUUUUGGGAUGGUUCCUACUGCUCUGCCAGAAUUUACUUUGUGUUUUUGAGUACUUUUUUCUAUCAGCGAUUUCUGAAAUGAUCUGCCAUUGACAUUAUGUUCCAAGUCCUGUAACGUGUUUGGUGUGAUAUGUGCCUUUUGUCACCUACUGAAGGUCCGUUCUCUCAAUGCAUUUAUGCUAAGGAGAUUCAAGACUUCAGAUUCAAGGUAGACUUGCAAAACCUUUUAAUUGAAUUCAUGACUUCAUAUCUGAGAACCUCAAAUUAUCAACUUACUUUUCAAGUAAUGGGUUUCACACUCAGCAAAGAACUGAAGUAGAAAUCUGUUGUCAGAGUGUCAGUCUGCUAAUAAUCACUGUGAUUGCCACCAGCUGUGUAACUGUUCUGAAACAUGAUGUAGACUUGGUUCACAGUGUCUAACAUUAGCUCUGAGUUUCUUACAAAGCAUUCUAAUACAAGAAGUAGGCAAGCUGUAGACUUGGAUGGGUAUACUACUGAAGAAUAUGAUUGAGGAAGGCAGAAAGUUUCUCCCACAGGAGUUUUGAAGCUGGAUUUUUAAUUGCUUUUGAAUUGCUUUCAACACUGUACAAAUGUCCUCCCUAUUUUGCAGUUGUGUGCCCCUUCCGAAUUUAUUUUCAGUCUGAUUGUCUUUCCCCUUCCAAAGAGGCCUUCUCUUGUUGACAGCCAUGUCCUUAUCAGCCUUAGGUGUCCUCAAACACUGUUUUCUCUCACCUGUACCUCCAAAAGACAUAAUUGUAAAUCUUGUGUUUCAAGAUGAGCAUGACUGUUCUAUAGAUUUUGGUUCAACCAGCAGGUAGAGCUGUUCUAAAAUUUGCAGUUCCAUUUUUUUUUUUUGAAGUAAUGUCAUUCAAGCCUGAUUUGAGAUCAGUGACUUUCCAAGUAUUGAGGUUUUUGUGUUUGUAGUGACGUAGCAUUCUGAUCCUGACAUCUGCUUGUGGUCAUAGUCAAUGCUGUCUACCUUCUAAAGUUGAUUUAACAGAGUUUUCAAUGAGGAUUGCUCUUUGGAAUUUAUCCACAAUAUCCAUCCAUUUUCCGUGUAGAUUUUCCAUAUGUAAGAUUUUUGUAAGUUACAGGUGAUUAUGGGAUGGCCAUACCAACUCUCACUGAGCUAGAAGUCUGAAACAUAAAGGCCACAAAGCUAUUUUGUGCAUAUUUGAAUAUAUUGUGUUUUAUCAAAUGUAAAAGCUUAUCACAUCUGGUCAUGCCUUGUAACCCUGAAUGGACAAUGUUCAUCAUGUCUUUCCCAGUAUGCAUAACACAUUUUUGCUCACUGACAAAUUCCACUUCCCAAAGGAGAAUUUUCCCUCAUGGUCCUAACCUGCACUCUCAAACUUGUUCUGUGUCAGUGGAAUAACUUGUUAGUACCUCAUUAACAGAUAUUGAAUGUAUGCUUGAAAUCCUCUCUUUUGUAUGAAUACUCUUUUAGGGUUUGGAAUAGCUAGAUCUCUCCUGUGUGACCAGGUGGUAUGUGGAAGUAUUGCAUUUUUUCCCCCAGAAGAUUUGAACAUCUUAACACUUAAGUGUACCGUUCUCAGGCUUCUUGUCAGUCUUCAGACUAAUUUCUUCUUUUUUUUUUUUUUUUUACUGAAUAGCCUACAUGUAGGAUUACCAAAAGCACAAUGCUUUUGUCCUAUUAAUUUCCUGUAUGCAUCAUUGCGAUGUAGUGAUAUAUUUUAUAGAUUGACAGUUGACUGGGAUUCAGGAUGUUUGAUGUUUUAUCAAUAUAUGAUGGAAAAAUGUUAUUUUUUUGCAAGAUGAAAUGUUGCAUGCUAACUAAAAAGGGUUUUAUUGGAAAGUUAUGACAUCCAUACACUGUUGGCUUUGAAGGCUGUAGUACUAGUAAACCAGCCCAAGGAGUUGUAUGGUGGCUGAUGUAUGGGAGUCCUCCCUGAUUUGACAAGUGAGUUGUUGAGAAGCCUCAUACUUCCAUGAUCCAUGAGGGUCAUUAAAGACGGUGUGUCUCAUAGUGUACGGAAAUAUUACAAGAUAUGAAUUCUUGGAUGCAUGCUCUUGGUCACAUUUGACCUUCACUCAUCAUUUUCAUAUGGCUAUAUGGAGUCUUUGGGCACCCUGUGUAUGUAUUGUAUUUUCUAGCUGUGUUUCAGUUUAUUAGAUCAAUUUAUGUAUAUUUUCCUACUUAUCUCAUUACUUUAUUUGGUCUUGGGCAUAAUUGUGGUCUUUCUAGCAACUGAUUUGGCUUUGUGAUCAUCUGUACACUACAUGUUUGUUGAACCCUGUCUCCUUAUGUUAUCAUUGUUAUACAUGUUGUACAGAAACAUUUCAUAAAUGUCCAUUUUCAGACUUUAUUUCCCUACAAGCCAGGUCUACAUUGCAGCCUGCCAUUUAGUUUAUCCACCAGGAAGCCCUGUUUCUUUUCUUCUGUGUUCCCAUCGAAAGUCAUGUAGCUUAUCACUGCCUUAGCACUCAAAUUGACAAUAGCUUGAAGGAGAGAUGCUUAUUUGAGAACUCUUCAUAUGAAAGAUAACUAGUUUCACACAUAUCACAGAGGUAACCUGGUCUUUAGUAAUGUGCACGGCCGCAAAGGCUUCAUCAAAACUUACUAGUCACCAAAGCUGUAUAGCUGAUACAAAAGUGGUUUAUGAAUGGGGGUAAAAAGGGACAGCAAGGAUGGAUAUGGACUCAGAAAAUCACUUUUCUCUCAGGGUCUAAAUGCAAGCGAAUUCUACAGUUAUACCAUUUUCCCCAAUGUUGUUUUUUUCCUGUUUGUUGUGCUCCUACAAGUUAUAGACUAUUUGAAACAAAUUGAGGUAACUGUUGACAUUUUGAAGUGUAUUUUCACAACGUGUGAACAAGUUUCCCCCUUUGUCAUUUCUAUUAUUCCCUACACCUUUUUGUUGUGGAUUUAAAGCAUUUCCUUUCAUCUUGAUAUAAAGAGUUCCUGUAACUAGGCUCUUCAGCUUUACUUUGGUUUUGUUUACUUUUUUAAUAGAAACAAUCAUGUUUGUGAUGGUUACUUCGACAAAGUAUUUUAAUAAAAUUAAAAAGAAGAAAGAA